GAAUAUCCCUGGGAUGCGCCAAGGGUGCGCAUUUUAUCUGAGCUGGCACAUGAGCAAUACCACUCGGCGAACCACCACCAAGAACACAAUCAUCUCUCUCGUCUGUCCUCAUCUUCUCCCUUCCUAAUUUCUCCACAAAUCCAAACCCUCAUUUUCCUUUACCACUGGUCGGAGAUUCGAGCAGUCGAGUUCCGACCCUUUCCGAGGAUGAGCAGCGGGGGGAGAGUCUAUUGGGUGAGGAGUCACGCGGAAGAGUUCAAGGUUAAGGGUAUAGUCGUCGUUUUUGCGUGGAUUUCAAUUACCGAUGCUCAGCUGAAGGAUUUUGCUCGUCUCUACACUUCUCUUGGAUGGAAGCCUCUUGUUUGCCGCUCCGGUUACCUCAAUCCAUUUAUCCCAGAUAGAGCUACAUCUUUGGCCUUUUCUGUCCUUGAGGAGCUCGUUAAGGAGCUUAGAUGUGGGCUGUGUCCUGUAGUCCUCGCAUCGUUUUGUGGUGGCUCCAAAGCUUGCAUGUACAAGUUUCUUCAGAUUAUUAAAGAAUGUUCGCAACUUGAGCCCAGCCUCGAGGAUAGCGGAUUGGUUGCUAGCUGCAUCUCGGGCCAGAUCUAUGACUCUGAUCCUGUGGAUUUCACUAACGACUUGGGUGCAAGAUUGGCUCUACACAGCUCCAUUCUGAAAAUGCCUGGUUCAUCGAAGCUAGUAUCGUUAUUUGGAAAAUGGGUUACCUCAAGUUUGGAUGCUUUAUUCGUCACGAGAUUUGGAUCUCAACGCACAGAUUACUGGCAGACGCUAUAUUCUUCAGUUGACAUAGGGGCGCCGUUUCUCAUUUUAUGCUCAGAGAACAAUGAUUCCAUUCCAAUUUCAACAAUUUGCAACUUUGCUCAACGUAUUCGAGAGUUGGGGGGAAAUGUGAGUGUUGUGAAGUUUAGUACAGCCAAUGAAGGUCAAUACAAACAACAGCCGAUGCAGUAUACAGCAGCCACGGCUGAGUUGCUUGACCGGGCAGUUUCAAUUUUCUCUGAAAAAGUCCAGAAACUUGGGAAAAAGUCUCGCACGGAUUAUAUGCAUGACGAAAUAUCUGAUCUGAUAUGCGACCUCCAGAAUGCUGCAGUUCACUCAAAUCAAAGCUUCCGUAGAGUUGCAGUUGGGCCCAGCGACCACUUCUUCCUGCCUAGUUCAUCAGAAUAUCAGAAGACCCCCGACUAUGGGUCACCCCAAGAAGAGAGCAAAGAUGUGCUGUCUCAUCAUUCAAGCCCAAGUAUGAACACAAACAGCAUCCUCGGCCAAAUACUUUUUGAUGUUUGUGUUCCAAAGAACGUUGAAGGUUGGGAUAUUAAAUUCUCCGGCUCUUUGAAUGGAGAGCCCUAUGCUUCAGUCCGCAGACGGUCAGUUAUUCGAAGCAUCAAACAUAGAUCGAGGUUGUAAGAGCUUCAGUGGAGAAUGUACGUACGAAGUAAAUGUGGAUAUACUAAGUUGGAAUUUUGGCUCCAAAAGCAUCUCGGGAAACUUCAAUCUUAAGUUAUUGCCAUGAGUUAUGACGCCUGCAAUAUGCUGUGGUGGGGAUCGAAUGUGUAUUACCUGAACCAGAAAGAGGUUAAUGCUUAUGGAGCGUAUAGCACACAUGAAGGUAACUACAUAUGUACAUAGUACACCCGACCCAUAAUAUGAAUUACUUUCUCCCUUCAGUGUGAUCUAUAACACAUCGGACCUUGAAAACUUCUAUGAUAUCAUAAUAUUGCAGGUUUGAAUGUUCUGUGAUCAUGUUUGACCGACGCUUGUAAAAUAUUUUUGAGAAUAAAUGAGAUGUUAAUAUCCAUGUUGGUUAUUCCUCAUUCGAUGAUUUUAACCUUUUCUUUUGUUCUUUGGUAAUUCAGCCGCGGAGUUAGUUGCCUUCUAGCGUUGGAAAUUUUGGUUUUUAGAUAUCUGAUUAUUGCUGAGCAUCAACUGUGAAAUUUGUCGAAUCUUUGUUUUAGGGAUCUGCUGCCCAAUGUGCUACAUGUAAUAAUACGCGUCAUACAUGUUAUGUUUUACUCUCAACAGUCGAUGUAAAUAUGCAAGAAUUUUGACUUGCAAUAGAAAAGUUUUGUUUGUUUGUUUUUUCAA